GACAAUUCCUCGUUCUUUCAUUCUCCGCGUGCAGUAGGAAAACACAAAAUGUGGUGAACACGAAGUUUCACGACAGUUUAGGUUAAUAUUAGCUGUUACUUUCACAAUUUAUUCUACACUUUCAACUAAAAUCAUCGUGCGCACUGUUCUGCUAUAAAAUGGAUUUGGAGGAGCGAGAUCUGGCCGCGCUAGAAGAACGGCUAUAUUCCUCCAUCCAUCAUGCUUAUGAGAAUCCGCAAAGCGUGUUCGAUCCAGCACCGGUCACUCCUUCCACUACUGCACGCGUGGUUUCGAGAAACGCGGUAAUUAACAAUGGAUCCGGUACGCUGCCCGCCAAUAUGAAGCGGUAUUGGGCCGGCUCUGCCGUUCCCAGUUACGGUGAUCGUGGCGCCCCGUAUCCCGGGAACAAACCGCAAACGGGCGUCGCCCCGAAACCAUCCUCGCCCGCAACGACUGCCCCAGGAAACGUCAGCGAAGGAGGAAUCACAGAGGUUACUAAGAUGUUCAUCACGCCGUAUCAGUCGUUGCUGGGCAAUAUGGGCGAUCCACCGCCCGUGGAGAGUCAAUCAGUGCCGGUUGAAUCUGCCCAUCAAAGCACACCUUCCAUAGUAGCCCCCGCGGCUAAACACAUCCCACAGAAGGAUCCAGGACUGCAGCUGAAGAAGAAGAAGCAAACCAAACAGCCGCUGCUGGCGGUAGAAAAGAAACUGGCCAACUUAACGAAGCUCAUCAACAAAGACAGGAAACAGAAUGCCGCACAAACGAUGGAAGUGAAGAAGGCAAAGGCAAAGAAAAUGAGACACCGCAAGCAGCAGCAGCAGCAAAUCGUGGCUGAAAUCAUACUGAACUCAUCCGACGACGAGGUGUCCAAGCCCUGGCCAGCGAGACCGGAACGUACCUCCGCUCCUGUGCCAUUGUCCGACGAUGAGACGGAUGAGGUCAUAAUCAUACCAACACCACCGCCACCGCAAAUCUGUAUCGAUUGCAGCGACGAGGAGGAAGAACAGCCCCCGCCCAGCGUCCAGUUUGCAUUGCCCAAGUCUCAGAAAAAGAAGAAGAAAAAGCCUACCUCGGUUUCGCCGCGUUGCCUUAGCCCCUCGAACAGCUCGAUCAUGUCGGACGAUUUCAUUGGCCAGCACGAUCGGUCCCGUUUGAACGACAGCUUCACCGAAAGCAUACCGAACGACGAUGAGCUGGAAUGUGCCGUCGAAGGUGCUCCCCGGCCCGGUGCCUCCGGCAAGGGGAAGAAGAGCACACCCGAGGCGCGGCAGGAAAGAGUCCCGUCGAUCUCAUCGGAAGACACGGUAUGCACGAGCAGCGAGACGACCGACCAGGAAAAACGGCCACCAGAAACGGAUAAAGGAAGUGCGUCCAAAUCACAAUCUCAACAGUGCAAUGAAUCCGCUACGAAAGGUAAAAAGGAUAGCGCGACAAACACUAAAAAGACUCCAUCGAAAGUGAAAGCAUCAAAAGCGGCUCCGGCAUCUCCCAGCAUCGUAGCAGCAGCGGCUUCUCCAAGCGUUGCUAAGAACAAUGCAAACAGCAACAAAGCAGUGGCUGCUGGGUCCAACGACACUGCCAGCAACGCUAAACCUCAGGGAAAGACCAAAGCGAGAAGCAAAUCGCCCCUCACAUUAGUGCUGGAGGCUGCUAGGAAACAUUUCGAAAUGGAACCGAAGCAGCCGCGUGAUGGUUCGGCCAAGAAAACGAAAUCCAAAAAAGAUAGUUCAGUGCAAAAGGAACCUACGGCAACCCCGGGCACCCUAACAGACAAGGUAGUAAGCGAAUGUGCUGCAAAUGAACCCGCACCAAGCAAAAGCACCGCCGGCCCGAAAGGGAAGAAGAAAAAGAACCUCACCACCAUCGCGCCCGUCGACGAUGUCGUGUCGUCUGAAAGCGAUUACGACAUUGCUCGGCCGGCCAGCAAAGCCAGCACCCCUAAGGGACCACCGGGGAAGAAAUCGCGCCGCUCGGCCUCCAAUUUCUUCGAACAGAUGGGCGACGUAUCGUCCGAAAGCGAUUACGACGAGAGCUUCCUGCAGGAGGAGAAGGGCAACGAGAAGCACAAACAGGCGAAGGAGUCGAAGAAGCGGCUCGGCCGCAAGCGAAAGCAGUACAACUCGGAAACGUACUCCGACGAAGACUUUGCCUGUCUGCUGACCGACAUUGUGCGGGCGGUUUCCGACACCGAGGAUGAGGAGGACGAGGAUGAUGAUGAUGCUGACGCUGAUGGCGAUGUGGCCGCUUUGCUAGCGAAUGAAGGUAAAACAGGCACCAAAGCGGCAGAUACGGUUGCUACUAGCAAGAAACGAAAACAAAAUAGUCUCACUGAACAGCAAACGCCCUCGAAAGCCGCUCGCAAUCUGAAGAAAAAGAAAAAGCUUAAUGAACAACCAACGCCAGCUACCAGUGAGGAGCUUCCUGCCGAUCAGGAACAGCCAGAAGUUGUUGUUGCUAAGAAGAAGAAGAAACAGAAGGAACCGAAAGCCAGUGCUAAGAAGCGGCUCGCUGGCAGUGGUUGCAGCACUCCCGAGGUUCAGGCCGUUUGUUUGGAGCAGAGCAGCACGAACACGCCCGCACAACGGUCAAAGGAUUUGAUGGAAGAAGAUUCGAGAGCUGUGCACAGCGCGACUUCAGAGCCGGACCAAAUUCAAAUCAUUGCCGAUUCCGACGUCGAUGGAGACGAUGAUGAUGAUGAUGAUCUACGGAUAAUCGACAAUAGCUUCAACGGUCGAUCUUCCGUUGCUUCUGGCGGCUCGUGUUCCAGCAAAGCACCACCGGUCGGUCCCGACUGUGCGUGGAACGACGAAAUGAAGCAGUUCUACAACACAUCGUGGGCGGAUGAGGACCUCAAUUUGAAAUCAAUUCUGAGACAGAUGCCCCGUGAUAGCAGGCAUUGGUACUUACUGCUCAAGGAUCGUUACCCGGACCCUCCCAGGAAGGAAAUCAUUUGCAGCAAUUGCGGUGAGCGGGGACACGUGAGAUUCAAGUGUCGAAACGCGCCGAAACUGGUCACCUGCUACAUGUGCGGCGAGCAAGGACACAGGGAACCACGCUGUCCGAAAACGGUCUGCCUGAACUGUGGCGCCAAGACGCGCAACUUUGUCCGUGGUUGCAAAACGUGCGCACGGGAUGCUGACACUAUCUGUUUCUCCUGUGGGGUGCGUGGUCAUACUCAGCGUAGCUGUCCGGAUCUCUGGCGGCGAUACCACAGUACGAUUGAGGAUAAUGUACCGUUGAAAGAGGAUUUCGUGAAAAACCCGAAAGCACGUUGGUGCUGCGUCUGUUGCCGGCACGGCCACCAGGCCCACAAGUGUAACGAUGCGCGUCGGAUCUUCGGCCACCCGAUACCAAAUACAAGCGUGAGCUCCUACCUGCCAGCCUACCGUGGCGAGUACAAUCGCUCCAGUAAGCGUCAGACGGAGGAACAGCAGCGGCGACUGGCGCUCGAUCCGACCGCUCGGUACAAUCUGCUCAGCAGCGACGCCAACGGGUGCGAGCUAAACUUGUCCGAGAUGACGCAGAACGAGAACGGGUUCUACUACAACUUUCUGCGAACUACUGGUCUGCUGGAAAAGUACGAAAAGCGGCCGAGUGUGGAUGAUGUUGUGGAAGUUGUCGAGCAGCAGCAGCAGCAGGAAGAACCGCCACCAGAAGUGAAGCAGGAAAAGGAUGAGGUACUACUGAUAGAAUCUUCUCCGCCUGCGGAGCCGGUUGUUUCGCAGCAGGAACAGGACGAAAUAGAACCUAAGGAGGAAGAGAUUUCCCCGCAGGUCACACCAGCGCCAUGCAACCAAACUGACAGCCAACGAGCUGCUCUAACGAUAGUGGAAGAAAAUUCCAACUACAGUUUUUCAGAGUUUCAUACCGAAGAAGAAAAGCAGCCCGAAGUGGCUUGCGAAACCAGCGGCGGUGGCAUCACAUCUCGCCCAUCGGAGGAUCGAACGUCGGCUAAUAUUAACAGCAGUCAAAGUGAACAAGCAGCGCUCUCUCUUGAUUUUAUUCCACUUUCUACUGAGGCUGAGGUGCCGGAUCUAUUUACACUACCACCACUGCCACCCAGACCGCCGCGACCACAGCGACCGCCGCUGCCAAUCCUACCCACUGCCGAACAGGCUACACUACCUUCGCCGCCACAGACGUCGGAACCGCCAGCAAAUGCCAUCGUAACAGUUGCUGAACCGGAUCGUUCAAUAAUGCCAAAGGCGGGCGAACCGGUCGAAACGGAUGCCAAAGUGGUGCUCAGCAAAGACCAUGCCAAGGUGCUGCUGUCGCUGAAGGGUAGCGAGUUUCUUAACGAGGCCGGCCAAAGGCACAACGUGCGGUUAAGCAUAACGUUCGAAUCGGUCGGCAAUAUGUUGCAAAUUCACGGCACAACCGAGGCGCAGGACCGGUUUCAUGAGGAGUUGGUGCGCUACCUGUCGGGCGGUACGCAGCAAAAAGUAAUUGCAGACAACAACAACAUCGAAAUUAGCAACUGUCCUAAGCUUUCAAACAAAAUGGCGAAAUACAUCAGAGGUCAUUUAAAGCAGCUGGUAUCUUCACAACAUUUGCCAAUGAGUAAACUACUGGAGAAUUGGUCCAAUGCAAACCAGGCAAACAUUGCGAGGCAUCGCCGCAAAUUGAACAUUCUGCUGUUCGGUGUGUAUGGAAUGCGGGAAGGACGAAAGUACCUCAAUGUACUGCGAACCCAAUUGGCAUUAUGUUUGCAAACGAAGCCACGGGACAGUGAGGUCCCGCAAGCUCAGCGUGACACCGUAAAUGAAGCGAUUCGGUACAUAUUUACGGGAUACGAUCAUAAAGAUUAUGCAACAUUGGCCGACGAGUUUGAGGAACUUAAGCAUUCAAACAAGUUGAGAAGGAUAACAUUCUUUGAUUUGGAAGUUCAACAACGACCACUAAAGGCUGACGCCGUAAAUAAAAAUAAAACCUGCUGUAAACGCCCUACGCAACAUGCAGCCGAUUACCAUUACCUAAAGUUUAUUGAAACUCUGAAAAAACAGCCACAGAAAAAGCAAAACAAGUCGCCAAUCGUGAAAAAAGACGCGAAAAAACCUCGCACCAGGUCUAACAGUAUAGCAGAGAAACGGGCCCAACUAGACUGGAAUCACCACCAGGAGCAGCACGAGGAGCAACGUUUCAAUCAAGAAGAACAGCAAGCCGACGAUUACAUUGAUACCGAUGCGACGAUGCAUCAUAAUGGUGAGGGCAAUAGGAGGUAUGCCGAUGAUUUCAUUAUGAACACGUACGCCGAUCAGCAGAUUGAUUCGGAUCGUCUCGACCAGCUGGACAGCUCAACGCGCCACGUGCAGGAAUCGGAUUGGAUUGGAGCAAACGGGUCCAACUACCAGCAACAGCAGCAGCAGCAGCAGCAGGACUUUCCGCAACAUGGCAACGAGUGGUACGAUGAUCGCGAUCAAAACCGGUGGGCAGUGUUCGAUAGCACGCCACCACAGACGGAACAUCGUUUCCAAUGGUUCGGACAGUCGAACGACGUGGGCCCUAGCGGUCCGUCGGGUGCUUUUCCCGCUAGUGUAGCACGUCUGACCGAAUGGGACAACACACUGCGCGAGCAGGAGUUGAGCCAGCUGGAACGACUGCAGAACAUGUUGCGGCGAUGAGAGAGGUGGUGUGCGUGUGGUGUGCUUUCGCGAAAGAACCCCACACACCGGUUCAUGAGAGUUGGUAGCAGAAAUACAGGCGCUCAUGAAAGUGUACGAUAAAUACGCAA